GAACUGCAGCCGGCUACUUGAGGCAAAAUAUUUUUUGUUUCCUGAUUUGCAUGAUACGAAUGAUGAUGCGAGUAGUGUGAGUACGUGUGUGUUCGAAACGAACUUCCCAGGGCUUUUACACGCCUGACCGGCUCACGGUGCACGCCAUCACAUGCAGUGCACAUCAUUGUCUCAGUUACCGUUCGACAGCGUUGAUAGGAUGAUGUGGUCCAUGUUGGGCGUGUUGUGCCUUUUGCUAACGAUAAGCUCCUACUGUGAUGGCUACAGUACGCUGUUCCCCGCCGAUCUCGGACUAGCGGAUGAAGAUGAACCGUUUAUGCCGCGAGAACGCGAAGAGUUUGAUGAUUGUUACACCCGUUACAACCGAUACGCUAGAACGGAAGCAGAGUCGCUGGAUCCCUUUGAACCGUAUCCGGAGCCGCGUGAAAACGGACACGUUGCUGCGAUUGGCGUGACCCGGAAACCCGGAAACACGAUCGAUUGGCUCUGUAUGGGUACGUUGAUAUGGGAACACGUAGUACUCACGACGGCCCACUGUACGAUGGUGGAAGGUAACGCCGAGCCUGAUGUAGUGAGGCUAGGAGGGGGUCACUACUUUCCUGAUUCGACCAUCACUCGUGCUGAUAGUGAGCACGUGAUUGAGCAGAAGGUCAGUGCCAUUGUGAGACAUCCUGAAUUCGAUCCCAGUACCGGUCAGAACGAUAUUGCGCUUAUUAGGCUUGAGCGGCUUAUUCGUCCAAGUCCCUCGGUGGCUCCAGCGUGUGUUUGGUUGUACAACGAUAUACCAUUUAGCAGGAUGGAGUCCGUAGGGCGUUCAACGCUACCGGCAGAACGUAAUGGACCGAAAACCGCGAUCAUAAACGAAGUGUACCUUCAGAGAAACAAGAACAAGUGCGCAAAUCUUGGGACGGGCAUCUGUAUGGAACGGAACAGGACCAACGACGUGGAUGAGUGCUCCACUGCCGCCCGCGGGGACAUCCUACAGAGGCGACUGGUUCACAACUUUGCGUCUUCUCCUUUCCUCGUGGGUCUUCUGGCGCGUCAUUCGCCCGACAAUGGACGCUGUCCAACGCUCCGAUCGUACACGCCAGUGAACCAGUAUCGAGAUUGGCUGCUGGAAGCAAUGCAACAGCUAGAAACAGCGGCCACUCGCUCUUCGUUUCAUCCAGUAGCCUGUGCUCUGCGGUACGUUCACGUUCGGCCACGAAUCGAGGGACUGCUGUACGAACGUAUCGGGGAAAUUCCUCGCUUUGGAGUCGGAGUAGAGUCGAAUGAGGAUCGUUUUAUGCAGUACAUCGUACAGUUGGUGUGGCCACCGGGUACACCGAAUCCACGGAAUGAUUGCGUCGCGACGUACAUCGACCAAAGGACGCUACUGACGUUGGCCGAGUGUGUCCUCCCGGUCAGGCCCACGGCAGUCCGUACGAAAAACCGAUAUCGUAGCCAGUCGCAUGAAAUUGCGGACACGGUGGUGCAUCCGGAGUACGUGGCCAUGAAGCCACGGAACAACAUUGCCGUCAUCAAGCUGCGGUCCCGUGUCGAGAUAGUACCGGCAUGCCCUUGGCUGUCACCGGUGCUGCCGGAUCGUGUCGACUAUACCGGGAUUGGAAGAACCAAUUUGAACAACUUUAUCGCCGAUACUCAGGAUGAGGACAGUGAAUCACGGCAUGUGUUCGUACAGCCAGCGGUCACCACACAACCGUGGCCAGUUUGUGGCCACUUCUUGGCGAAUCUCGCCGCCCGUAAUCAAUCCGUACCCGAGUUUACCGAGGAUCAGCAUCUGUGCUUCGGUGACGAAUGGUGGCAGGUGCCCGAUGGGUGCUCUCUGCUGCCAGGUGCUCCGGUGCAGCGGUACAUUGUCCGAGCCGGAGGUUUUAUGAAGUAUCUGUUCGGUUUGAGCUUGGCAGGGAAGUUCUGUGGCCUGGGAUUGCCAUCGGUGGCGGUGGCGGUCGCACCACAUGCGGAUUGGCUCCGUUCCGUGAUCCUAACACCCGACAGUUCUCGCCAGAUCGUUGGUUCACCCAAAGGAAGCUCACCACUGAUCUUUAUCAAUCCGGAUCUCAAGCGGAGCGACGAGUGCACCGAUGGACGAGGAUCACUCGGGAUUUGUGUUCCACACGAAGAGUGCCGCAGUACCCGGGAGCAGCUACGCAGCGGAGGACGCGUUACACUUUGCACCAACGGUUCCAUCAUCUGCUGCGCCUGGGGUGAUAUCGCCCGGGGUCAACCAGCAUCGCUGCCACCGGUUAAUCCGGUGCAGGCGGAACUGGAUGGGUGUGAGGACCGGUACCGGGCAGUGCGUGAGGAGCGAUACCGUGGUUUGCAGGAGAGUGAAGACGAUUAUGGCAAUCUGGCCAGUGUGGUCGAGAUUGGUUGGACGAUGCCGGGUGGUAAGAUAACGUUCCCUUGCUCCGGAUUUCUUAUCACACUGCGCAACAUCAUCACGACGGCUCGCUGUGCCGAAAGCAAUGGGCGGAAACCGACGGUGGCCCGCAUUGGAUCGGUCGGAGCUGGCGAUCGGACCAACUAUCUGGUGCCACCGGUACGCCGGGUGACGGUACACGAUGACUACGAUGAGUCGAGCGGAUUGCACAACAUAGCGCUGAUCACGCUGUCCGAGGCGAUCACCGCGACACCGUUCGUUUUUCCCAGCUGUUUGUGGAAAAAUCAGACGCAUCUGCCCGCAAGAUCGCAGUUGUUUUUGCUUAACAACUACGAGCCACGGAUUACUACGCACUUUGUGCACCCGAUGUACUACAGUGAGUGCCGCGAGCGUCUUGGAGAUGCGACGCUGCUGGAUGGGCAGAUCUGUAUGUUGCGUGAAUCACCGGAAUCCAAGUUCAUACUGAGUACGCCAUGCUUCUCGACCGGCAGCAUUAUCAUGUGGGAAAACACGACGGCCAAUCCGGAAAUCAUUGACGCAAUGUACCUGGUGGGUCUGUACAGUCAUGGUGAUUGCUUGAAGAACGACGAUGUGCAGCUAGUGAUUCGAGUGUCGGACUACUACGAUUGGAUUGUCAGUAACAUAAAGUGAAAUCAACUGCCAGCCACUGCGAGGGUUCAUACUUUGUUAUGUUGCAGCAAACCAUAUCUUUGUAAUGUUCAAGCAGUGCUAUCGAGGUAAUCCCCUCUCUGUAGAGAAAUAUAAAAUAUGAAGCUCGUGAUAUCGCGGAGACGCAAGCCCGAGGUUGU